AUGGCCCUUGUCACAGAUCUUUUCAAGGAAGAUUUAAUAACAAGAUAUGAUUCGGGUGCGCCGGUGUCACAGGUUAGGGAAAAUCUUGCGAAACGAUUGGGUGGCAUUGAAAAUGUUGUCUUAACUGAAAAAGACAUGUCACACAUCGUUCACAAAGAACGAAAAUUGAAAAUGGAAGGUGGGGAUGCGAAUGCAAUGAUGUCCUAUUUCGAGGGGUUGCAAAGGGACAAUGAUAAAUUCUUCCACGCCCACAGACUAGACGAGGGAGGUCAUCUAAAGGAUAUUAUGUGGGUUGAUGCAAGGAGUCGCGAGGUCGUUUGCUUUGAUGCUACGUACCUCACCAACUCCUAUGAGCUCCCCUUUGCUAAUUUUGUCGGAGUGAAUCAUCAUGGUCACUCAUUGUUGCUUGGUUGUGCGUUGAUGUCCCAUGAAUAUUCAGAAAGCUUUACCUGGUUGUUUAGGCAGUGGCGCAUAUGCAUGGGUGGGAAAUGUCCUAAUGCAAUUUUAACUGAUCAGGCACCGGCUAUGAGAGUUCCUUUGUCACAAGUAAUGCCUGAAGCUCGACAUCGUUGGUAUGAAGAGUUGAAAGAUGUGAUGAAAGAGGUUGUGUAUGAGAGUCUAUGUGUAGAGGAGUUUGAGGGCCGAUGGUUGAGUAUGUUAGUUGAAUAUAAGGUUAAAGAUGAUCUUAAGAGUCAUGAGUGGCUGAGAGACAUGUAUAAGGAAAGAAAUAUGUGGGUGCCUGCAUAUAUGAACAACUAUUUUUGGGCUGGCAUGAAGACCACGCAGCGGGUAGAGUCAAUAAACUUAUUUUUCGAUGGUUUUUUGGAGAGGAAGACAAAGUUGUAUGAGUUUCCCAAAAAAUAUUGUGAUGCUAUGAAUAAAAGGUGUAGUGAUGAAAAAAAUGCGGACGAUAAUUGUGCGAAAUAUAUCCGCAAACUGGUUACUGGUUUCCACGUUGAGAAGGUCUUCCAGAAGCUAUACACCGACAACAAGUUUAGAGAUUUCCAAAGAGAAUGUGAAAGGAUUUUGUAUUGUGAUGUGAAGGUGGUGAAACAGAUAUCGGAGAAUGAGUUAGAAUAUAAGAUGGAAGAUCGUGUAUGGAUCAUUGUCAAAGGUAAGAGUGAAGAGGUGUUGACGAACUAUAAGAAAUUCUACGUAGUGAAGUUUUGUGCAGAACCAAUGGAAGUAUCAUGUGUUUGUAAGCUUUUUGAGACGAGGGGUAUUCUAUGUAGGCACUGUAUUCGUGUGUUAGAUAAAAACGAUGUGGUCAAUAUACCUGAGAAAUACAUCUUUCGGCGUUGGCGGAAGGAUGUAUAUCGGAAGCAUAUGCAUGUCACGGUUGCUCUUUAUGAUCCCACAAAGACGGAGGUGGCUAAAAGGUUUGAUAAGAUGAUGUUAGAAUGUGAGCCUAUUUUUGAGGAAGCAACUGUAAAUUAUCAAACUAUGCACUUUGUUGUGAAUGAAUUGCAUAGCCUACAAAUAGCCGUAAGGGAAAGGGUUAAUCUGGUGAAACAGAAACUGAUUUUAUUCCCAUUGGAAUCACUUCAAAUACAAGAUCAGGUGGACACCAUAGAGGGAAAUGUUAAGAAUCCCAUAAGUAGGAGCAAGAAGAAACGGGGUAAGCCCUUUACCUUAAGAUACAAGGCCUUAGGAGAGAACAACAAUUGGAAACCAAAGAGAAAGGAAACCAACAAGGUGAAUAUUGUGGGGGAUGGACCUUCAACACAGGGAUUAGAUGGACCUUCAACAGUCGAAUUAGAUGGACCUUCAACAGUCGGAUUAGAUGGACCUUCAACAGUCGGGUCACAUGGAAAAUUAAAGGUGACAAGGAAGUACAAAAAACCAUCCAAUGAGGUGUCUAGCAUUACACAACAGUUGUCGUUAUCUCCCUUUGUUCCUGAUGAUGAUAUACUAUUAAGCCGCAAUAACAUGGGAUGGGACCAAGGCCAACAUGGCAUUUAGACAUAUUUACAUGUUCGAUAUGCACUACUACUAAAGGAUGUAUUCCACUUUUGUAAACCUAAGAAUGUAAAAAGGUUGUGCGUAAAACCGUUGUUGUGACAUGGGCUGA